AUGUUUCCCCAACUUGUUCUUGUGGUCCUCGCAGGCUUCUCAUUUGCCAAUCCUGUCGAGAAUGGUCCCCAUUUGCAAGUUCGAGAAGACGCCUCGGCGAAUCACUUUGAUAUCUGCAAGCUUCUCGGCUGUCACCGGCCAACUGCCACGACUACGGUGACUUGGACUGUGACUGCUACAUCUGUGUCUACGGCCACGGCCACCAUUACUACUACGGCAAGCUGCUCGUUGUCUUCUACUUUUACUACCUCGACGACUCCAAUGAGCACCACUGUUUCCACAACUUCAUCCGUUCCUCCUGGGACCACGAGUUCAACUACCAUAACAACUUUGACUGACACCACAACAUCAACCGACACGACAUCAACUGACACUACAACGGCUGAUAUUACUACAACUGGCACCACAACAAUGACCGAUACUACGACUUCAACUAUCACUACCUCAACUGACACAACUUCGACUGACACCACAACAUCAACUUACACGACAACACCAACUGACACUACAACAUCGAUCGAUACUACGACUUCAACCGGCACUACAACGACAGACACUGCUACAACUUCGUCUGACACUACAACAUCAACCUCCACGACAACCACUGACGUUACUAAAUCGACCGAUACUACCACUUCAACCGACACAACAACAUCUACUGAUACUAAGACUUCAACUGACACCACCAGUACAACAGACACCACAAGCUCUAUUCCAACAACCACCCGUACAACUCUCACUACGACUCCCACCACUACCACCCGAAGCACAACUCUUACUACAUCUCCUACAUCUCCCACCACAAAACGCACAACCACAUCCCCCACCUCCCAGUCUCCUACCACAAAGCGUACGACUUCAUCCACCUCCAAGUCUCCCACCACAUCUUCCACCACCCGCCGCACAACUACCACAACUCCCAGCACCAAACCCACAACCACAACCACACACACCACCUCCAUCUCAACCCGCGCCACCCCUCCCGCCCCCUCAGUCUCCCCCCUAGAGUGCUCCAUAGACGCCUACUUUAUCCAGGACCGCUCCCUCCUACAAGUCAACCUCAAGACCGGCGCCAAAACCAUCCUCUCCAGCACCGUCGGCGGCACGGGCCCCAAAGUCAACGCAGUAGGCUACAACCCCCUCGACAACUACAUCUACGGCCUGCAGGACAAAUCCAUAGUGCGCGUCGGCCGCAACGGCACCCUCCAGGCCGUCAGCAGGGCCGACAUCGCCGCCUACGUGGGCGACAUUGACGCCGCCGGGCAGUUCUACUACAGCGCCGGCGGCCGCGCCUGGGGCCAAGUCGACCUCAAGCCCGGGAGCAGCACGUACGGCCAGACGAUAGCGAAGGGUGUGUCCGACUCGAGUGCGCUGCCAGCGGGGGUGGCCGUCGCAGACUGGGUGUUUACUCCCGCGGCGCCGGGGUAUCUCUACAGCGUGGGGAUUGAUAGGAACAGCGUGAUUUACGUGCUUCGGUGGCAGGUGAGCUCGCGGAAGUGGGAGGUGAACUUUAAGGGGGUGCCGAGUUUCGAUAUCAAGGGCAGUGGGUUUGGGGCCGUCGUGGCGACGAGUGAUGGUGUUUUGUACGCCUCGCACAAUGGGAGUGGUGCGAUUUUGAGGAUCCCGUUGAGUGAUCCGCGGGUGGCGACGAAGUCGGCUUUGGGGCCAAAGGCGAGUACGAAUGAUGGGUGUAGGUGUGCUUUGCGGCCCGAUGUAGCUGCGUAG